UACCGUAACUGCAUCCAGUGCAACGUAACGAGCGUCGCUCAGUACCGUUUAGGACGUUCGAGCAACCAGUCGGAACAGUGUGUUUAGUGUGCAUCGCGGCGAAUUUCGAUUCCAGUGCAGUUACGAUACAAAAAAGGGAAAACCCGAAAGGAAAGGGUGGAUUUUACUCGAAAAGUGGGAAAGGUUGCGCGUGACGCAUGGUGGUGAGCUGUGGUUGAAAGAAGCUUUAGAAAAGAAGCCCCUUUCAAACUCCUCCAUAAUCCGCCAUGUCCCCGCUGUCCAAAAUGCUGACCCAGCGAUUGGGCGCCAUCGCCCAGCAAAAUACCCGACGACCUGCUGCCACCAGCCUGUUCCACCCCUCGUUCCGGCUGUUCUCCGCGGAACCCAACCCAGACUCCACCCAUCCAUCUAGCGAUUCCUCACAUCUCCCACUGGUCGACCUCCCCGGGCAGGGCAAACUCCGCGGAUCACUGACCAAGGGCGCCUGGAGUGGCGUCCCCAUCCAGCAGUUCCUGAACGUUCGCUACGCGGAACCUGCCACCGGAUCGCGCCGCUUCAAGGCCCCCGUUCCGGCGGAACCCUGGGAGGGGGUGCGGGACGUUUCGAAGCGGGGUCGUGCGGCUCCGUACUACGGCGACAUGAAGAAGCUGCCGAAGGAGGAGCUGCAGGCGACGCUGGGGGAGCUGGAGGACUGCAUCAGCUUGUGUGUGUACACGAAGGAUCUUACAGCUAAGAAGCCGGUGAUCGUGUACAUCCACGGAGGUGGAUUCUACAGCGGAAGCGCUGCCCAGCAUCCACCGGAGUAUCUGCUGGAGAAGGACGUGGUCUUGGUGGUGCCUCAGUACCGACUGGCUGCCCUCGGGUUUCUGUCGACCAAAACGGAGAACAUACCCGGCAACGCCGCGAUCCAGGACGUUCUGUUGGCAUUCCAGUGGGUUAAGAAGUACAUCGCACACUUUGGAGGUGAUCCAGACCAGGUGACCGCUUUUGGACAGUCCGCCGGAGCCGGGAUCAUCUCGGCGUUGACGUUCAGUCCGGCAGCGGACGAGUCCCUGUUCGGUAAGGUGAUCCUGAACUCGGGUGCAGGGUUGGCGAGCAGCUGGUCGGUGGACUACAACCCGGAGCGUAACGCUAGGGAUAUCGCACGACGCGCUGGAUGUGACCCGAAGGCGCCCCUUGCGGAGGUUGAGAAAUUCCUGCUCGAGCUGGACACGUACACGCUGUUGAAGUCGUUCUCGCAGCAUAUGUGGCAAGGAACUCCCAACGGGAUCAACACCAUUGGAGGACAUCGCUUCACGAUCGGAGGUCCGUCGGGGGUCUUCCCGAAGACCCCGUACGAGGUCAUGAAGCGUGGUGGUGGACGCAAGAAUCUCCCCAUGCUGACCGGAGUCGUGAAGCACGAGGGAACGUUCCCGCUGGUGGACAUCUGCGUGAUCCUCGCCCACAUGAAGCUACUGGGGAACAAGGACUUUAUGCGGCACGAUCUGCUGGAGGAGCUGUCCCGCAUUCUGGCCGUCAACGAGAACAGCAACUCGUUGGGACCGUUGACCGCCAAGGCGAUGUUCAACGCCGAAGAUCUCAGCUCAGGAGAUUUCCGCAAGCUGAUCCCCAGCUUGAUCGAUUACUGCGGCACGACGAUCAUCAAGGCGACCACGCUGCGAUCAGCCCAGUACAACAGCCGCCACUGUCCGGACCGGACGUUCGUGUACAGCUUCGACUACCAGGGCGAGCAUACGCGCUUCGGAUACGACCAGGACAUCAGCAAGAUUCCGUUCGACGGCGGCGUCCACCACACCAACGACCUGCUGUACCUGUUCCCGUACCCCAAAUCGGCAGCGCAGCUUAACUCCGACGACACCGAGAUCGCGAAGCGCAUGGUCGACCUGUGGACCUCGUUCGCGAUCGACGGAGUCCCACGGACGCCGGAUCUUCCCGAAUGGCCAGCGUUUAAGAAUAUCUACGGCCCGUACCUUCACAUCGACAAGCAGUUCUCCAUCGGACAGAACUUCCUGGACGAGAUGACGGUCGCGACUGAUGAGGCCCGCAGGGCCAAGUGAAUCAGCUGUUCUGGUCACACGCUUGGUAACCAAAACACACCACAAAGAAUUACCCUAAGAGCUUAGCAUGUUAAGUAACUUUAAGAUAGUCGACUAGCCAAAAUAAAUCUCUAGAUAAACGAA